ACAAACUAACAUUUUGUCUCAGAACAUCAACAACUCUCCUGUCAUUUCCAAAUUGAAAGAAAGAUAAACGUGAAAACAAUCAUUUCCCAAGUUUGUUGCUUUAUCAGUACUCUUUUCCUCAAAAAAUAAAGGUUCCAACAAUGAAAGUGAAAGUGUUUGGUCGCUUCAAAUGCAAGCUUUUCAAUCCAUGCAAGAAAAUAGUAAGGUCAUUCAAUUUCAGACUCAGAAAGCCCCUCUUUAUAAGAAGACUUAGGUUUCGCCGUAAAGUACAUAAGACUGAACGGCUAAGAAGAAGAGGGAGAGAGGAGGACCAAGUCAUGGAGCUCAAGAGUUUCUCAGAAGUGGAACUUCACAACAAAGCACCAUUUCCAUCACCCCUCACCCCGGCUUACGUGAGAUUGAGUACAGCAACUAGAAAAGAAGUGCCAGUUCUGGAUGAUGUGGAAGAUGCAUGCAGGAGCUUUGAGAAUUAUCUGGUGGAGAUGAUUGUGGAAGAGGGGAAAAUGAGGGAUUUGGCAGAUGUGGAAGAAUUGUUAUACUGUUGGAAGAAUCUCAAAAGCCCUGUCUUCAUUGAACUGGUGAGCAGGUUCUAUGGAGAGCUAUGCAGGGAUUUGUUUUCCAAUAGCUACGACGACAAUGUUAACACCCCAAAGAGACUCUUAUAAUGAAACUGUUUUAUCUUAUUGUUUGAGCACAACUCAUGUCUUUAUAUUUACAACUUAUGUUGCUCGGAUCCUCCAAAUAUGCAU